AUGUCAACAACAACAGCCGUUCAGUUGGAGGUCCUUGGAGGGGAUUAUGAAGAAGCGGCCCAUUCCACAAGAUCAAGCCUUCGAUCAACCCGAAUUCGUCAUUCGGAAAAUGGCAGAUCACUCCAGCAAGAUGCCUCUGAUGACCCAGCUCUCGAAGCCUCGCGCAUCGCCGACAGUACCGUUCCAGACGGAGGCUAUGGUUGGGUUAUCAUCCUCGCCUGUGCUGUCAUUGGUUGGUGGACUAUAGGCCUCAGCUAUGUUUGGGGUGUCUACCAACGCGCGCUUCUGGAGAAGGGAAUCGGAUCCCCUCUGGCUUUGUCAUUUUGCGGCUCUCUAUCGCCAGCGCUGAUGGCAUCGAUAGGGAUGCUCGUGUCUCGAGUGAUGCGAUCUCUCGGCACUCGCAAGCUCUGCUUCAUCGGCAUCACAUUGAUAGCGCUUGCGGAGAUUGGCGCAAGCUUUGUGACGGACCAUCUCGUCGGGCUAUUCUUUCUCCCUGGAGUGCCUCUUGGACUUGGAAUGAGCGCAUGCUUCAUGUCCUUUUCCGUUGCCCCAGCUCAGUAUUUCCGCCGGAAGAGAGGACUGGCAAAUGGAAUAGUCAUGGCUGGAGGUGGUUUCGGAGGUGCGAUUAUGAGCGUCGCAACCAACAACAUGAUUGAACGAUACGGUGUUGAAUGGGCUUUUCGAAUUACCGGCUUUCUCAUCGCCGGAACUGGACUCCCUGCAGCCUGGUUGAUCAAAGAGAGAACACCGAUCCACGCGACUGGACUCAUCGACUGGACCCUCUUCCGACAGGCCAACUUUGCUCUCCUAUUCUUGGCUGGCGGUAUUGGCAUCUUCCCACUUCUUGUGCCACCCUUCUUCAUCCCCCUCUACACUCAAUCCAUGGGACUGAGCACUAGCACUGGUGCAGCAUUGCUGGCCGGAUUCAGUUGCUCAUCAGCCGUCGGUCGGAUUAUUAGUGGUCAACUCUGCGAUAUUCUUGGACCUCUGAACACUCUUGGCGCAUUCUUUCUGGGAAACUCCCUCACCAUGAUUGCACUAUGGCCAGCUUCAACCACCUUGGCGCCUCUUGCCGUCUUUGCAGUCUUGAAUGGGCUGAUGAAUGGAGGCUUCUUUUCAUGCAUGCCUACCGCUGUUGGCAACGUCUUUGGGUCGACUCGUGUCUCGACGGCGGUGGGCAUGAUAAUUGUUGGAUGGGUUGCAGGCUAUCUCUUUGGAUCUCCAAUUGCAGGAUACCUCCUUGAAGCUUAUGGUGGUGCUGAUGAGGGGCUGCACGCUUAUCGACCAGCCAUGUUCUACGCUGGCUCCGUGUCUUUGGUUGCUACUGCUCUUGUUGCUAUUUUGAGAUUGCGAAUCAGCAAGAAGCCUUUGGCAAAGAUCUGA